AUGUCUCAGCAAAGAUGGGUUCGACUUUCAACAGAGAAACCAACGAGCGCCGUGUACGUGCUGGGCUCAGAAAUCUCCCUUGAUGUCUGUGGGUCUGCCCCUGCAGGUGCCUAUGCGUUCCAGGUUCAGAAGACGCUGGGCGUGAACUACGUUGUCCGUGAUACAAACAUUUCGCAGGUGCCUUCGAGGGUACCCAGGUGGCCCCUGGACAUCAGAGUGGAGGUGGUUGUGACCAUGAAUAAAUCCAGCCGGAGAGUCAACGAGGGCAAGGUGACAAUUUCAUACUACAAGGCCAAUGAGGAGACGCCCAUGGCCAAGGCUGUGCUCCUGCUCACUUGCGUAGAGAUUUCCCUGGAUGCAGAUUCAAGCCGCUCAGGAACCGUGACAAAGAAAGUUGAAAAUAAGAAAGAGUGGACAUGGGGCCCGGAAGGCAGUGGAGCAAUCCUCUUGGUGAACAGCGACAGAGAACGCCUCGGAGCAAAGGACAUGGACAACCAGGAUGAAAAAGUGGGAUCGGAAAAAGACCUCAAAGAUAUGUCCAUUAUGAUUUUGACAACCCGUGGACCUGACAACAUUUUUGAGAAGUACCAACUAGUUCUCCACGUCUCAGCAUCUGAAAAUGAUAAAGUGAGGGUCUUCCAUGCUCAAGAUGGAAAGCCAGUGAGCCAAUACCCGGCAGUCCUGGGGCCAAAGAAUGCCUCCUACGAGGUGAAGGGUAAUAGAAACCAAGAGGCAGUUUUCUAUGUGGAAGGGCUGGCCUUUCCAGAUGCCAACUUCUCGGGCCUGGUGUCCUUCCAUGUCACACUGCUGGAGAACCCACCUGAGAAAUUUCCCGCGCCUCCCAUUUUCAGUGACACUGUGGUUUUCCGGAUUGCUCCCUGGAUAAUGACCCCCAACACCUUGCAACCGAGAACAGUUUAUGUCUGCAGGGAGAGGAAGAACACGGACUUUGUGGAUGCUAUGAAGGAACUUGCAAGCAGGACUGGCUGCGCUCUGAUCAUCUGUGAAGGAGAAAAAAACCAGGGAGAUCGCUGGAUCCAGGAUGAGAUGGAGAUUGGCUACGUGCAAGCUCCCCACGAAUGGUUCCCUGUGGUCUUUGACUCCCCCAGAAAUGGAAUGCUGAAGGAUUUCCCGUUUAAAGAUGUUUUGGGCCCAGAUUUUGGUUAUGUGAAACUAGAGCAAGGUGAUGAGACACCCUCUGAACUGGACUGCUUUGGGAACCUUGAGGUCAGCCCCCCGGUGACUGUCAGGGGCAAGCAAUAUCCCCUGGGGAGAAUUCUCAUUGGGAGCUACAUCUCCAGGAAAGAAAACAGACAGAUGUUCAAGUUUGUCCGGGACUUCCUCUAUGCCCAGAAAGUGCAGUCUCCAGUGGAGCUGGAUUCUGACUGGCUGGCGGUGGGGCAUGUGGAUGAGUUCUUGGCCUUUGUUCCAGCUCCUGAUAGAAAGGGUUUCCGGCUGCUCCUGGCCAGCCCCAGCGCCUGCUACAAACUGCUGAAGGAGAAGGAACAGGAGGGCUACGGAGACGCUCUCAUGUUUGAAGGGAAAUUGGACACUUGCGAUCAGGUCAAAAUAAAAUGUAUCCUGAAUGAUCAAGAACUGAGGAGCAGCAAUGAAUAUUUCCAGAAAAGCAUUGACUGGAACAGAGACACCCUCAAAAGGGAGUUGGGACUGACUGAAGAAGACAUCAUUGACAUCCCCCAGUUGUUUAAGCCAGCAACACUUGAAAUUGUUGCUGGCAAAGCUAUCGCUUACUUCCCUGACCUGGUGAACAUGCUGGUUCUGGAGAGACACUUGGGCAUCCCUAAACCCUUUGGGCCCAUUGUCAACAAGGAGUGCUGCUUGGAAAGGGAAGUCCGGCGGCUACUGGAGCCACUGGGCUUGUCCUGCACCUUCAUUGACGACUAUAAAACCUAUCACCGGAUGUAUGGCGAAAUCCAUUGCGGCACCAACGUCUGUCGGAAGCCUUUCUCCUUCAAGUGGUGGAACAUGACGAUGCCUUGA